GCUUGAGCACUUGGGAGUUUCAGCCAUCCAGGAGUACAGCCUUCAAACGCUGGCAAAUAUGAUGAUGAUGAAAGUAGAAGAGCUGGUGACUGGGAAGAAGGCGGACGAUAAAGAGACGGGCAGCUUCCUCCCUGAGGACUUCAAAAAUGGAGAGUAUGAAGCUGCUGUAAGAUUAGAGAAGCAGGAGGACCUGAAGACAGUCUCUGAACACUCACUGACCCGAGGUGAUCUGGCGUAUGAGAAGGAGAAAAAACUAGAAGCAGAGCUGAAGAAGAAGAAAUUAGAGGAGAGGUCAAAGCUUGAAAACUUGGAGGAUCUUGAAAAAAUUAUUCAGCUGAAGAAGAAGAAAAAAUGCAAGAAAGUGAAAGCACCCAUUUUAAAGGAACCUGAACCAGAAGUUAUUACAGGACCAGUGGAUAUACCCACAUUCUUUAGAGCUGCAUUGGAGAAUAAGUUGCCAGUAAUCGAAAAAUACCUGUCAGACAAAGGGGAUCCAAAUGUCUGUGAUGAGUACAAACGCACUGCAUUGCACAGGGCAUGCUCUGAAGGACAUCUAGAGGUGGUGAAAAAAUUGGUGGAAGCUGGAGCCCAGCUUGAACAGAAAGACAUGCUUGAAUCUACAGCCCUGCACUGGGCGUGCCGGGGGGGGAACCUGGAUGUUCUCAAAUUCUUACUGGACAAAGGGAUAAACACAAAUGCAAGAGACAAGCUGCUCAGCACCCCUUUGCACGUGGCUGUGAGGACGGGUCAGUACGACUGCGGGGAGCACCUCAUCGCCUGUGAAGCAGAUCUCAAUGCCAGAGACAGAGAAGGAGACACACCGAUGCACGACGCGGUGAGGCUGAACCGCUACAAAAUGAUCAGGCUCCUGAUUCUGUAUGGAGCAGAUCUAACUAUAAAGAACUGCCAAGGGAAAACCCCUAUGGAUCUUGUUCUUCAGUGGCAGAACGGCACCAAAGAGAUAUUCAACAGCCUGAAAGACAAUUCCUAUAAGAGCGUCCAUCUAGGCAAGUUCUGA